AUGGCUCGUGCAUGCGUUGACUGUAGAGCAAAGAAGCGCCGCUGCACUCACCGCACGGUUGAUGCUUCAACCAGCCCCCAGACAACCACCAUUGACGCUGCCCAGCCCACUGAGGCCGCCGUUAUCCCCACCUCUCUCGCUGCCACCCGGGGCCGUCGCCAGACCAAGGCCAAAGCCGAGGAUAAAAAAACCGCCGACACCGACAGCGAGGGCAUUGCUUCCAUGGCCGCCAAGACCAAGGCCAAAGCCGAGGCUAAAAAAGCUGCCGUCACCGACAGCGAAGGCAUUGCUUCAAUUCCCGCCAAGGCCGAGCCUCAUGCCUCUCCUCUUCGCGAGACACCCCAACCUGCCCUAGACAACCUAAAUGCUGCUUGCUAUCUUUCAAUGCACUUCACGUUUUCUGAGGAGCUCCAGAAAGCACUUGCGGUGUUCAAGACCGCCUUCCAAAAGAGCACCGAGGCCCAGCUGGCAAGCAUGGCCGAGAUCCAAAACAGCUUGCAGAAUAGCCCUGAUUCCGAGUCAGCCACCUUGCAAGAGUGCCUUGAGGCUCAUCAGUCUACUAUGGCUGCUGCUGCGGUUGUUCAAAGCAAGGUAGACAUGUGGCGUGAAAGCUGGGCCAAUGGCAAAUGA